UUGACCUGCACAAGGGUCAGAAAUAUGUUGAUGGACAACAUUUCAUUAGUUUUCCUAGCAUGUAUCAACAUAACACAGGUUCACAUAAAACUGCCCAUCUGCUGUGAGAGGAAGGGUUCUUGCCUUAAAACGACAACCACAGAGGUAAAAAAAACGUUUGAGAUUAUUUUCAGUCUUGGAGUGUGUUUCUAUGAAUAAAAUAAAUUCAGAUGUAUAAUUAAAAUCUGACUAUAAUGUUUUCUCUGGCUGGAUAAAUUGUUAUGUGGCAGACAAAUAGCUCUGGAUCUGGCUUGGCGUCUACAUGCCAGCGUAUGAAGCUGGGCUUUUUAGGGAUCCGUGCAUUUUUGUUUGUGGGGGCACAGUGACAGAUAGACGGAAGAGAUGUGGAUGCGGGUGGAGGAGGACAAGAUGAGGUGGCGGACUGGUCCUGAUGCUGAUGUCUCUGCUGCAACCUUGGUUGCUAUCGGCAGCAGCAGGGUCUGCCCUUCCUUUUUAGUCAUUGGCUUGCCACUCUGACCACAAAACAUGUGGUUUCAGCAACAUCCAAUGAGACAGAGGCGAUAAUUGAGCACUGUCUUAAAGACACAGAAGCAUGUGCUGAUUUUAUCAGACACAUUUAUGUUUUAUUUGGACUCUAAAUGAGAGAAUAUUAGUAAAUGAAAAAGAAUAAUAUAUUUUAAAUGCAGCAGAUUUGAUGUGCACGCAAAUAGAAAACUAUUUUUUUUUAAAAACAUGUAUUCUGGGAGUCUAAUAGAAUGACAUUGUAUCUUUUCAGCGGCGGCUGAGCCGCAGAAAUCCUCCUGACUGAGCCAGUCGCUCAGUCUCACACCCUCUCAGCUCUCACACAUAUUUUCGACAGACGUACAUGCUGUCUUGUUGCACAUGCGCACUCAGCCUCUGACAAGGGAGGCAAGCGCCUGAUUAGCUUGCGAGGGUUGUCUACGCCAUUCAGGGAAAUGGCGCAAGAGGCAGAGCACUGGAGGAGGAACGGCAGCCUGAAGAUGCAGGAUUAGACCCCCGCCACUUUUGGCCAAUUAAGGCUCGGUGUGUGUGGGAGCAGAGGGCCGGGGUGAGGAGCGAGCAGGAUGCAGGCGCCCUGCCUGUGCAGAGGCUGAGUGGAGGUGAACCCGAGGAGACUGCACAGACAAGCUGGAGCACCGGCAGGACUGGGCCGGGCCUUUGGAUCUGUACCGUGGGGGAGGGGCAAGCAACACAGUGACUGUUUUUCCCAGAGCCCAGCUGUGGUUUGGAUCUUCAGCCCGAGCGUGUGCUACAGGCCUGCCUGCGCCUCUCUAAUUCUCUCCAUCCUUGAUUUUAACCUCCCGUCUUCUGCUUCCGCCUCUUUUCCCAAUGAUCCUGCUGUCAUCCAUCCCUCUGCCUCCAUCAUUUACUCUGGUCAUACUUCUGCCUUGCCAUUUAUUUAUAGUUUUUUCUUUAAUUUAAAAAUUGUAAACACUGUCUUGCAGUUGUCUUUGCUUCACAAACAUCAGCUUCUCUCUGUGACCUCACUUGGUUCCUUUCUCCCAGUUCCCCCUCUGUCUUUUCCGGCCCUCAUCCACCUUCGCUCUGUGGUGACAGCAGAUUUGGGUCACCCCGCUCAGCAAAUGGGAUGAGAUGUAGUCUCCAGAGCAGCCAGAUCCGGGGGCUCCUGGUUCGCCCAUCAGGAGGACCCUCGCCGUCUGACCACACUGAGGCCGGAGGCUGACUCAGGACAGACGGGGCGGCCUGCUUUAGGGUCCUGCAUGUAGGGACGGACAAUCUGCUCCAACAGCCCCUGCCCUUACCCCACCCCCCUCUUUCUUUACCCUCCCCACGUCUUAGGGGAUCCAUCACUCUGGAGUAUCCCGGCUUGACUGGCUGUGGGCUCUCUCCGCAUGCCCUGACGACGCCCUCAUGCCACUGGGGCACUCACGGUGCCCCCGGCCCGCUCCACUACCGCACUUCCUGCCUGUGUCAAAGGCCCAAACCACCAGUUACCCUCAAUAUGGGUGUGGUGGAGGCCAUUGACCCAGUGCCAUCCCCCUGCCCUUCGCCUGUGCCAGGGGGCUACAGGCUGCCCCGCUCCUCCAGCUAUAGCCCGCUGCAGGGGAGGGCAGGGGCAGAGCUGGACCCAGGUGCAGCGGCUGGGGGAGUCCUGGAGGGGGGUGGGACACCUGCUGAACGUAGGACGCCUUUAGUGGAUCUGUUUUGUGAGACCUGCUCCAGGCCCUGGCUCAUUGGUUGGUGGGACCAGUUCAAGAGGAUGUUAAACAGAGAGCUGUCGCAUUUGUCAGAGAUGAGUCGCUCAGGGAACCAAGUGUCAGAAUACAUCUCCACUACCUUUCUUGAUAAGCAGAAUGAAGUAGAAAUCCCGUCCCCGACUUUAAGAGAAAGGGAGAAGCCCAUGUGUCACAUCAGCGGGGUAAAGAAACUCACACACAGCUCCAGCCUUUCCAACUCCACCUUGCCUCGUUUUGGCGUGAAGACUGAACAUGAAGACGCAUUAGCUCGGGAACUGAUGGACUUGAACAGAUGGGGCCUUAAUAUCUUCAACGUGGCAGAGCUUUCUAAUAAUCGACCCCUCAGCUGCAUAAUGUAUGCCAUCUUUCAGGAGAGAGAUUUAAUGAAGACCUUUCACAUCCCUGUGGACACUUUUGUCACCUAUGUCAUGACUCUGGAAGACCACUAUCAUGCCAAUGUGGCCUACCACAACAGCCUCCAUGCUGCUGAUGUCACUCAGUCCACCCAUGUACUGCUGUCCACUCCAGCUUUGGAUGCUGUGUUCACUGAUUUAGAGAUAUUAGCUGCAUUAUUUGCUGCUGCCAUUCAUGAUGUAGACCAUCCAGGAGUGUCCAACCAGUUCCUCAUAAAUACUAACUCAGAGUUGGCCUUGAUGUAUAAUGAUGAGUCUGUUCUGGAGAACCAUCACCUGGCUGUGGGCUUUAAGCUGCUUCAUGAGGAAAACUGUGACAUCUUCCAGAAUCUUAGCAAAAGGCAGAGACAGAGUCUCAGGAAGCUUGUUAUUGACAUGGUUUUGGCAACAGACAUGUCCAAGCACAUGAGUUUGCUGGCAGACCUUAAAACCAUGGUAGAAACCAAGAAAGUAACAAGUUCUGGAGUUCUGAUGCUCGACCACUACACUGAUCGCAUACAGGUAUUGAGGAACAUGGUGCACUGUGCUGACCUGAGCAAUCCCACGAAGCCCCUGGCUGUGUAUCGACAAUGGACAGAGAGGAUCAUGGAGGAGUUCUUCAGGCAGGGAGAUAAGGAAAGGGAGCGAGGCAUGGAGAUCAGCCCCAUGUGUGACAAACACACUGCAUCUGUAGAAAAGAGUCAGGUGGGCUUCAUUGACUAUAUCGUUCACCCUCUUUGGGAGACGUGGGGGGACCUUGUGUACCCUGAUGCCCAGGACAUCCUGGAUACCUUGGAGGACAACAGGGACUGGUACCAGAGCACUAUCCCGCAAAGCCCCUCACCACCCCCAGUGGGCCAGGGGGACAAGGAUCUAAACGUAUGCAUAGACAAGUUUCAAUUUGAACUCACCCUGGAAGAGAGCUCUCAGACAGAACAGGAAGAGGAGGGGAACAAACCCACAUCCAACCAUGCGGCACAGGACUAUAGCCAUGGCGAUGAGGGGAGUAAAAAGGAAGAUGAGGAAGACACAAUGGCAGAGGACGAAAAUGAGGAUAUAAUUGAGGAGGAGGAUGAGGUGGCGAUGGAGGAAGAGGAGGUGGAGGACGAGCUGAAAUUUCAGGCAGAGGGGCCUGAGAAGGAAAGACUUUCUGACACAAGUCCUGUAGAGGAAGAGGAAGAUUCUUCUUCGCAAGCUGAGGAUACAUGAGUUCCACUCACUGUAUCCCUCUUUCAUCACUUACACAGAUUAUCUUGUUCAUCCUUUCAGUGACCAAACCAAGAACAAAUGAGACUGCAACGACAACAGACCUUUAAAAAUAUUUUUUAAAAAGGGAAUCAAUUAAAAUUGUUUAAGAGAAGCUAAUAACACAGCAACUGUAGAUUUGGAGUGAUGGCAUGUCCUUUGAGGAAUUGCAAAGAGAACAUCAGACUGACUGGUACUGAGGAGAGCAUUACUAAUGGGCAACUGAAGAUAGUGUAGCCCUCUGGUGUUAGGAAUGCACAUAACACACAUGACGUGACAUCAAAACACAAAAUCCAAGAGCAGGAGCAAGUCACGUUAAAUAGCCUAAUGCAAUGCAUGCAUAUGCAUUUAGCAGUCAUGCAAGGUAAUUGCAGUCCAUAUGUACUCUACCCUUGUUAUUUUAUUUUUUCUUUGGAAAUGCACUGACACACACCACACUGUAUGUCUGUUUGUGUGAAUCUAGACAAGGGGCAUCCAUCAGUAUAUGAAUCCCUUUGGAAAAAGCCAUCCCUACAUGGUGUAUUGACGAGUGUUUAGUCAGUAUUAGUAAGUCCCAUCUGCUAGAAUCUCUUUAGGAACGGUUCUUAAAAGAGAGACUCCAAGUUUUAAGGGAUGUUUUUUUUUCUUCCAUUUAUGUCGGAAAGAAAAAUCACAGAGUUGCAGUGGAUGAAAUCUAAGGAAUAGUAGUUUCUGCGAUAAGGGGACCCACCAGGUCCCACGUGUCUUUUUUUCCCUUUACAAGGAGAGUGCUACUGGUGCAAGAUGGCUCUGUGCCUUUCUGAAACACCAGCUUCCUGAUUGGAGCUGUCGUGAAGCAAUGCAUUGUGGAACUAGAGAGUUGUUUCUGAUUGUCUCUUGUGAAGGAUCUCUCUUUACUCUUCAUAGUAUUGUGGUGUGCAGCUCACAACUUCUGCAGUGAUAUAUUUUCGGCUGUAAGUCUUCCUUUGUUGCUCUUCUGGUAAUAUUUCAACAGAGAACUUGAGAUGCAGAGCAAUCACUGAGACCAUCACGAUCACCAGUGGACUCUUUCCAGCAUUUCCUUUUUUUGUUUUUUUGUUUGCUUUUCUAUUAAAUGAUUUUCUUUAAAUUUUCUGAGAAAAAGCCAUGCGAUGCUUUGAAGCAUACAUUUUGCCUAUUUUAUAUAUUUGAAAGUUGCUGAAUAUGUUUAAAGGGUUCUCGAGUUAUGUCCCGAACAGAACAAGUUUUUGUUUGUUGUCUCACACCCUCUUGCACUUGUGUCCACAUCACCAACUAUUUUCACCAAAGUAAAGAAUGAGAAGCUUCAGUGGGUGAGAGGAUUCAAAGGAACGCCAAUAAAUAAGAGAAAUCAGGGAGGCUGAAUGUCAGGGGAAAGGAGUGCGACAACUUGAGGUCGGACAGUCCCUAAUCAUCCUCACUAUGUUUGAUGGAUUUUGCCUUAAUGUCUGAUGCAGGAUACGCACCUGCAAGUAUGUAUAUUUACAAGAUAUAUGAUAGGUACCUUAGUAUAUUUAUAUCACGUCUGUAUGCUUAUUUCUGUGAAUAUUUGUGCGUCUAGACACAGUGAAUUCAGCGUUACCUUCAGAGGGGAUUUGUUAUGUUUUUGCUGUGCUUGGGCCAACACACAGAAUGUGUUAAACUUCAAUCAGGAUCUUCUGGAUAAAUCAAAGAAAAAAAAUGAUAUUGUAACAAAGUUAUGCAGGAUGUUAAAUCAGUUAGCAAGGAAAAAGUAACAGUGAGAGGAAGAAGGAUGUCAGAUGCUGACGUGUCAUCGCUCACUUGUUGGUUUUAUUCCCUCAUGUUUAACAGUAUUCAGGAUUUUCAGCUGAAAGGGAUUGUUUCGGUGUUUGUUAUUCACAGGGUAAAAAAAAAAAAAUAUUUAAAGGUAUAAGAGCAAGUUUCUGCUGGUCGGGAACUGAGCUUAUCUGAAAACGCCACAGCUUGGUGCAACAAAAAGCCUGUGUGUUUGACCUACUCCGUUGCAGGUUAGAGCAGAGCUGCGAGGCCACCACUCAGGCUUUUUCUUCAUCUGGUCGAAUGGGAAUCCAGGAUUGCUCUUGCAGCUACAUAAAUAAAAGAUUCCCACAUGCACUGGCCUUUUACUUUAACAUGUUGCUUUGUGUUUGUGGCUUCUUGCUCUGUCAUGAGCUAUUUAAAAAAACAAAAACAAAUAUAUUUCAUUGCCAUAAAAACACAAUACUGUAGCAAUUGUUUCUUAAGGAAAUUAUUCAAUUGAUUGCUGCCAUUCUUUUUAAAUGACAAUGAAAACUGCGAGAAGUGUUUUCUUUGAACAGUUUGUGUACAGUUUAUUUUUAUAUCAUUGUGGUGGACGGUCAGGCAAACGAAUCACGUACUGAUGAUAUAGCUAUAAUCACGACCACUCUUGUACAUAAUGUAAUAAUGGUUUGUAAAUCGGAGUUUGACCGAAACCAUAUUUGACAAUAACCACUGAAAAAAAGUUCAAGGAACCACUGAGGAACUGCAAGCCACAUCUUUACCUACUCUUUCCCCCUUGUGAUGACAUUUGGUCAUGGUUUUUAUUUGUGCACAAUUAUUGUUGACGUCAUAUAGAUUUGUACCAGCACUUUAAUUCAUCAGGUUUAGAGACGGACAUGUUUCAUGUGGUGUUAUACAGUCUGUGCUGGUUGUUUUCGUUGGCACACACCUGUUCAUUACCGGGGCAAAUCACAAUUCACUUUGUGCAACAGUCAAUGCUAACCCCUCUUUUUAGGCAUGUUCAUAAAGACUAAUAACACUUAAGUAAACGUAUCUGACUGAGUCAAAUAA